GCUGCUGGAUAACUCGGACUAAAACAAAGUCGGACUAUAACAAAAUCGGACUAUAACUAACUCGGACUAUAACAAACUCGGCCUACCAUUAUUCAAAUGCAGAAAUAUAUUGAACCAACUCGGACUACGAUCACAAGAUUGUUUUUUUUCUGUAUAUAAUAAAAAAAAUUCUUAUAUAUUAAAAUUAUAUACGAAUUUAUGAGAUUAUAAUGAAUAUUUUUGAAUAAAAAAGAUCGUAUAUAGAAAUGAUUAAUAUUUGUUAUAUGAGUUGAAUUAGAUAUGUUUAAAUGAGGGUAAUUAACUUAUACUUGUAGAAAUGUUAUUGUGAUUUAUGAUGUUUAUUGACAAAAGAAAUGCUAAUGAUUGGCGUGUGUUCGUGUUUUUAUUGUGUUUAAUCCUUGGUGUUUAUGAUUAGCAAAUAAACAAAGACAAAUUUGAUUGACAGUGAAUGGCUUCUUAACAAUUUCACUAAUCUGUAAUUGAUUCAGCAAUUGAAAAGUAAUUAUAUUCAAAUGGUCACAUCAAACAGAUACAAUGUUUUUAGAAAGGCAAGCCGAGGCAAACAUUUAUUAUACAUGUAUCCAAAAAUAGAUUUGGAGUAAAAUUGAAAAAACAACAGAGAUUUCUUUGAUCUUAGUUACCAAAUACUUCUAUAAAAUAACAUGAAAAAAAAAUCCAUUAUCAUUUUCAACAUGGGUACCGACCACUGCGUCGAGUGUUCUAGAAAAGUUACAACAAAGCAACAUGCCUUACAGUGUGAUUCCUGUAGUUUGUGGCAACACAGAGUUUGCAAUACUGGUAUUACAAUGAAAGAGUAUCGCUCUAUGAUGCAAAGUGAAGAGACCGUUAAUUUCAUCUGUACCAAGUGCAAUGAUAAAGAAGAAGAAACCAUCAGUGGUCCAGUAAAUUCUACAGUGAUAACAGACGUCUCCGACCAACCAAUACCAGACUACGGUACCUUCAACCUUUCUGUCAUCUCCGCAGCAAAUUCUACCAACAACCUCAACAGAACCUUCACUAUCUAUGGUAUGAUUAAAUUUAUUUGUAGUUCCUUACUUGAGCCAGACCUACCAAACACCAUUCUGCCAGACAUACCAGUAACCUUCACAUUGGUUGACCAAGGUUCCCAGCGUGGUCGUUUUAAGUUGGUGAGCAGUGAUGGGUAUGAAUAUACAAAAAAGUCGUCAAAGGGUGACUUCACGUACUGGAGGUGUUCCAAGCGCUCCAAGACUGUCAACUGCCCAGCAACAGUUUCUCAGAAAGGCAAUGACUAUAAGAUGAACAGCAGACAACACAUACACCAAGCUGACAAGGGUGCAUUGAAGAAAGUAGUAGUAAGAAAAGAGGUUAAAGCAGAAAGUCUUCGAGACAUACACAAGUCAGCACGACGUAUAGUAGAUAGCCAGAUGUUAGAACACAUAGAGCCUGAAGAUCACCAGCUACCUAAUGUCAAGAACCUAGAAAGAAUGGCGAACAGCGUACGCGAAGAGCUCAGACCAGAUGAACCACAAGACCUUACCUUUGUCUUGGACACUGACUACUUGCAGUGUAAUGACUUCAUCAUUGGUGACGUACACGUCGACAACGAGCGACAUUUGAUGUUUGCCUCCCCAAACCAGCUGCAGAUCCUGCAACAAGCCAAGCGGUGGUUCUGUGACGGCACCUUCAAGAUCCUUGCAGAUCCCUUUGCCCAGCUCUGGUCGAUCCAUGCCUUCAUCCACAAAGGUGACAGUUACAAGCAGAUCCCUCUAGUUUUCUGCCUUAUGUCCCGGCGUAAAGGUAGAGAUUAUGUUGCUGUUUUUCAGAGGCUGAAAGAAGUACUUCUCAGACCAGCAGAAGUUCAGGGUUUUGUAGCCGACUUUGAGCAAGGUAAAUAUAAUUUAUAUUAAUUAAGUUUCAC